AAGAAGACCGCCGCCUCUGGCGAUAAGAAGAAGCGGUCAAAGACUCGCAAGGAGACCUACAGCUCCUACAUCUACAAGGUCCUCAAGCAGGUCCACCCCGACACUGGUAUCUCCAACCGUGCCAUGUCCAUCCUGAACUCUUUCGUCAACGACAUCUUCGAGCGCGUUGCCACCGAGGCUUCCAAGCUGGCCGCCUACAACAAGAAGUCCACAAUCUCUUCUCGAGAGAUCCAGACAUCCGUCCGACUGAUCCUGCCGGGUGAACUGGCCAAGCACGCCGUCUCUGAGGGCACCAAGGCCGUCACCAAGUACUCCUCAUCC